GGCUCUCGCUGCUGUCGCUGCGCGCGUUCUUGGCAGAGUGCGCUGCGUCCCCGCGGCGGCCCCCACGGCGGCCUGCUUGACGGCGGCCUGCUUGACGGCCUCGGAGGCGCCUCGGACCAGGAUGGCUGACGACGCGGCGCCGCGGCACGCCACGACCCUGUCCUCCCUCAGCGUGGUCCACGAGCAGAACAAGCUGAACAAGCGCGCGCACCGCGUGCACGAGUUCCCGCUGCGCAAGCAGGGCGCGGUCAUCUCCCUGUCGGGUAGCCGCGAUGGCGUGCUCGACGGCGUGCGCGACGGCGCGGCGGACGCCGCAGAGCCGCGAGCCCAGCCCCAGGCGCAGCUGCAGCAGCUGCAGGUGCGGCGGCUCAACCAGACGCCGGGGUCGCGCAAGAUGCGGAAGAUCAGCAGCCAGUCCGUGCCCGAGGGCAAGGACGCCCUGGUCCUGCUGCACAACGGCAACCACGGCGACGCCGCCUACUUCCUGGCGGAGGACGACGCCGAGGAGGAAGACGACGACGAGGAUGACGAGGACGACGAGGACGAUGACGUGGACACGGAGGUGGCGGAGGGUGCCGUGCCUCGGCGGAAAAUGCCCGAUGGAGGCUGGGGCUGGGCCGUGGUGGCGGCGGCCUUCUUCAUCAACAUGGCCAGUGACGGCAUCUCCUUCUCCUUCGGGCUGCUGUACAUCGAGUUCCUGCGCUACUUCGGCGAGAGCCGCAGCACCACGUCGUGGAUCGGCAGCCUCUUCAUGGCCGUGCCCAUGCUCACCGGGCCCGUGGCCAGCGCCAUGGUGGACAGGUACGGGUGCCGCACGAUGACGAUCGUGGGCGGCAUCAUCUCGGCCAUUAGCUUCGUGAUCGCCGCCUCCUCGACCACCAUCGGCCAGAUGUACCUGACGUUCGGCGUGCUGGCGGGGCUGGGCCUGGGGCUGUGCUUCGUGACGGCCGUGGUGAGCAUCGCGUUCUGGUUCGAGCGCAAGCGGACGCUCGCCAUGAGCAUCGGCGCGGCGGGGACGGGCUUCGGUACCUCCAUCUACGCGCGCAUGACCAACUUCACCAUCCGCGAGUACGGGUGGCGCGGCACGGUGCUGCUGCUGGGCGGCACCUUCCUCAACCUCUGCGUGGCGGGCGUGGUGAUGCGCGACCCGCCGUGGUGGAUCAAGGAGCAGCGCCGCCAGGGCCGCAAGGGUCUUCGCGGCGCGCGGCGCGCGGGGGCCGAGUCGACGGCCAGCUCGCGGGUGUCCGCCGACGCGACGGAGCUGCUGCCGAUGGUGCCGCUGGCCGUGCCGCUGUCCAGGGUGGCGCGCAGCCUGCCCUACACGCGCUCCAUCUCCAUGACGACGCGGUCCGAGGACAACCUGGCCAGCACCGUGCUGGCUCGCCACCCAGCCAGCGCGCCGCAGACCCCCAGCACCCCGCUGAGCCCGGGUAUCCCGCCGCCCGCCUUCAACACCAUCCACGAGAUAGACCACGCCGCCGACGAGCACGGCGUGGGAGAACUAAGCUUAGAGGAGGUUCCGCUCACCAGCGCCGCUCCGUCCCGCGGCGCCGGAGUCCCCGGCACGGGGGUCGCGGUGAUGGGCGCCGACGCGGUGCCCGCCGUGGCCGCCGUGGCCGUCGCCGUGCCGCACAUGCUGCUGCGGCGCUCCAACUCGUCCAGCCCGUUCAGCAGCAGCCCUUUGCGCGCGGAGUCGCUGCCGUGCUUCCGGCGCCGCGUCAGCCUCAACGCCGUGGGCACCCCGCUGUACUCCGGCACCCCCGGCACGCCCACGCCGCUCGUCGCGCCGCGCAGGCCGUCCUCGUUCAAGGAGGACCGCAAAACGUUCUGCUGCCCGGGGAUCUUCGGCGCGCCCAGAGCGGAGGGCGACAAGCGCUGGUACUCGUCCACGGUGGAGCUGGUGCGCGCCAUGCUCGACUUCUCCCUGUUCCUGGAGCUGCACUUCCUGCUCAUGUCGGUGGGCACGACGCUGCUGUACACGUGGUUCAUCGUGCCGUACUUCUACCUGGCCGACCACCUCAUGCAGAACGGCUACACCGAGUCGCAGGCGUCCGUGCUGCUGGGCGUCAUCGGCGUGGCCAACACCUGCGGCAUGCUGGGGCUGGGCUUCGUGGGCGACAACCCUCGCCUCAACGUGACCAAGACGUACGCGCUGUGCCUGGUGGUGUGCGGCUCGUCGGCCGCCGCCAUGCUCGUCUUCACGGACCACUACUGGGCGCUGGUCGGGGCGUGCGCGGCCUUCGGAGUCACCUUCGGCUCCACCUUCUCCUUCACCCCCACCAUCCUGGUGACGCUCGUGCCUAUGGAGCGCUUCACCAUCGCCUACGGCCUCAACCUGCUGUGCCAGGGCAUCGGCAACCUGCUGGGGCCGCCCUUCGCAGGCUGGCUAUACGACCUGACCAAGUCGUGGGACUUGUCCUUCUACAUGGCCGGGAUGUGGAUCGUGGUGGCGGGCGUCCUGACGGGGCUCAUCUCGUACACCAACAACAAGCACUUGUUCGGCUCGCUGGCGACCGAGUGCGAGGCGGCGGCCGCCGCGGCCGCCGCGUCGUCCGAAGUGCUGCCCACCAAGUCCACGUCGUCCGUGGACGCCUCCGCCGUCACCUAGCCGCGGCCACGGCGCCCGAGCUGGGCGUCGUCGACGGCCAACCGCGCCAACGGCAAGGCCAGCGGCCUCCGCGGACUCGGACGCAUCGGCCGGUCGGGGAGGUCGGCGUGAUGCCGCCCCACGCCCUCACGCCGCCGCGCGGUCCUGGCCGAAGUCAAGCUGGCCUCCGUGUACGAGUGCCGGGCCGCGCCGGCCCGGCGACUUGCAGUGAGGCCGGCAGAGUGCAGUGGAGUGGCAGCACGGCAGCAGGGCUCGGCAUGGACACUCUCCCAGUGCGGCCGCAGGGCCCAGUGUGACAGUCUGUGAUGCAUCUGACGUACCGCGUUGCGGGACACUGUGUACAGCCUCGCGUCUUCACGUGCCUCGGUCCAUAGUUUAAGGCGCCGAGGAGGAUAUUUAGUGUGGGCUUCAACGCGGCUUCUUGCCGUGGUGUGAACGUCACUAAUUUUGUACCAAAGUAUAGAAUUGUUAGAAUUAUUUAGCUAUUAUUACACGGUAAACGAAAAUCCCGGAUUCCGCGAGUCACGCGAUUCGGUUUUCAAGAUUUGCCAAUUACUGAGUCAUCAAGCAGGUUUCCAGUUUUCGACAGGCGCGUCUGAAAAGACCCGCAGCAGACGCAGCCCAUGUUCGAGCCGUCUCUAUGAAAAUUGGAAAUGGACACUUUUGGGGCACUUCGAGUUCGGGAUUUUCGCUUACCGUGUAUCCGUUACGUUAGGCAAAAUCCAGUCAAACCUAGCAUUGUUUAUCUACUUACCAAAAAAAAACUGUUUAUCUUCGUCCAAUUCAGAGCGACUCCGACGACACGCCGGUAUUAUUGAAAUACAAAUUGCGACUCGUUACCAGAAAA